CUAUGGCAGAUUUUUAGGUCAAGGUUUUAAAAGCGUCUAUAUAUGUCGGCUAUACCAAAAAUCAUAAAAUAUUUUUCAAUAAAUUAUCAAAAUAUCAAUACCAUUUCACAACUAGCUAGAUAAAAGAGUGAUAAUUAAAAAUAGCUAUUAUGAUACCUAUUUGAUUUUCUAUAGAACUCGCCAUUUGUUGUUGUCACAGUGUUGACAGCCUUAAAAAUGUUUUUUGUGUGUAUUACAAUACAUCAAUAUUAUUUUUCUUGAUUGAAUGAUUUAACAGAUUUUCAAUAUAAACAAGUCUAUUGUUUUUGCUUUUUAUAAAUUCAUAUUAGAUAGCUUUGCAAUGAAAUGCAGCCAUAAUAAAGCCUCCUUGACCGUUGAUGGACAGGAAGCUAGCUAAAAGGCUGCCAAUCAGAGCUGUCAAAAAAAAUGACAUUUCUUUUCAUUCUUUCCGAUUUGAGUUUUCAUUUCACACAUCUCACUCGCUUGCGCCCGCGUUUCGUUGUGUUCUGUGUAUUUUCGUAGCUUUCCCCGUCUUCUGUUUUUUUUUGACCCGGACUGCCCAAGGACUCUGAUUUUGCUUUUUUGAAUACGACUUGGAUUGCUAUUUUGGACUCUGAUAUUGCCUAUCUGUGACUUGUGCGUGCUUAUCCGGAUAUUGUUUGUGUACCUGCCUACCCGGCAUACAUACUUUCUGCCAAAAUGAGUAGACUUCGACGUGGCCGUGGCAGAUCCUUUGAAGAUACACGUAUUUUGUGUGUUAACUGCAACAUAUGUGUUAAUAGACUACGCCGUUAUCCGGCUUUAGACCUGAAUCCCCGAGUUACAGCUUUACUCGCAAGUUGGGUCUAUCCAAAAGAUAUGAAUGAGAAUGACUUCGUAUGUGAAGCAUGCAGAGAUCUUUUGAUAUUUGCAAUAAAUGAUAAUUUGCAACAAGAAGUUACCAGUGGUGAUGGAGAACAAGCUGGAUCUAGUCAGAGGGGCCACACUAAUGUGUGCCUUCUUUGCGGUUGUUCAAUUACACAAAGGCAAAGUGACAGGAUACUAAGAGACAAUCCUAAUGAACUCCAUCAAUCUAUGAUAGACAUAAUCAAGAACAAAGUAGCGCCACGGCAGGUAACAACUACCAAUAGAGUAUGUCAUGCAUGUUGGCUGAGAACUCAAAGAGAAGUACGUAGAAUGCAUCAUGUGGACAGUGAACAUGGACAACAAUCUGCAUCAGACAUUUCACAAGAUCGGGAGGAGUCUUCUGAUUUAAAUGAAAGAAGACCUGAGGGUGUGGAAGAUGAAACAAUCACACAAACGAUUUUAAUACCUGGAUAUAAAAGAGCUGCAAACAACAAUAAAAGGUGUGUUUUUCUCAAUUGCCCUCAAACAACACUGAGAAGCAUAUCAGAUAAUUUUCGUGCUCUUUUGAUUAAAGAUCAUAGGUUUUAUAUACCUAAAUUAGCUCGUAUAUGCGAUGAUCAUAUAAAUAGCAAUUUGUGGGGUACACUUUUCGAAGCUGAUAACUCCAUUGAAACAUUUAGUGCUGAUCAAAUAGCACAUGUUUUUUCAUUUGUCAAUUCUUUAAAUGUGACAAUAGAUUUUGAAAACCCAUUAGAAAUGGAUGAUCAGCUAUUUCGCUACUGGAUUGGGUAUACAAAGGAUCAAUUCCGUACACUAUUAGAAGAAAUGCCUCGAUUGAGUGAAAUUAGAAAAGGGACAGUGGGUUUAGCCAUACUGUUAAUUAAAAUGAGAACUGGAGACUCAGAUGAAAGAAUCUCUUUAUUAAUUGGAAUGCCAAGAAGAACAAUGGAGACAUUAAUGCAUAAAGUGCGUGAAAUUCUUGUACAAGACUUUGUUCCUUCCAAUUUAGGCAUCAAUCAUAUAUCAAGAGAACAGGAGGCUUAGACAAUGUAGUAUCGCUUCUUAACGAAACGAUGUCGAAGUUCUUUUUCGUCUUAGAGAUAACGAUAAACAUUUCCUAGCCAAUGUAACGCAAUUGUCGCGAUCGUUGUGUCGAACGGAUCGUUCGAUAAACAAACAAAUAUUGGCUAUGGUAACGAAAAUUUAGCUGUCAGUGUCAAAUUGGAACAAACAAAGCGGGAUUAUUCUAAAGUUUAAGUGAGUGUUUACUGUGAGUGUGUGUUAAAAUGGAUUCUAGGGUAAGGGCCAGUCCCGAACAACUCUCAACUCUACUGGAAUAUAUGGAAAGUCAUGGGGACCUGGCUAGGCCUGUUGCAGGGGCACAAGGUCGAGUACGGUCAGACCAAUUAUGGUCUGAUCUUACUAAUAUAUUAAAUUCCGUUGGUGGUGGUGUCCACAAAACAACAGACAAGUGGAAAAAAGUAUGGGCCGAUUUAAAAUCAAAGACUAAGAAAAAAGGUCUGACCUUGCGGCAACAUGCCAGAGGGACUGGUGGUGGACCGGCUAGCCAGAAAUCCUUGUCGCAUUUGGAGGAAAGGGUUCUGGCUAUUCUGGUAAUUGGAAAGUUAUCCUUUGCAUGGAAGGGUCGUUUCAAAAUAUCUUGGAGGCAGCUCAAAGAGUCUGAGAGGAUAAGUGAUUUGUCCAAAUUAUUAAUUAAAAAUGCAAAUGCCAUGUUGAAGGGCGGAAUCAAAGAAAAAGACAUGGUUUCCGUAAAUAUGGCAAAAUCUCUGCUAGAAACUGUAGUAAAGGAGAGAAAAGAAGAAGAACAACAAAUACAAGAGGAAGAAAAAAUACAAAAAAUCCAGGGCAGUAUUAUCGGCCCAACAGCAGUGGAAGGACAAGACUCUAUACAAGAGCUUGGAUUUAGUAGACCUCAAUCUUCUGCACCUGCACCCUCUCAAUCAUCUGCAGUUGUUGCCCAAGAAGAUGAUCCAGUAUAUGUGGAUCAUGCUGUUGAAAUGCCUUCAUCAGUAUCGCCACAACCUGGCACAUAUGACUCACAGCCGCUACCUUCGCCCCCGCCCCCGCCCGCGCCGUCACCCGCGCCCGCCACUCCUCGCUCUCGGAGACGUGCAGCUGCCUCCAGCGCGCCGCCGGCCCGACGCCGGCCGCGGGCGGCGACGCCGGACACGCCGCGCUCCGCCGCGUCAGCGGGCUCCGGCCGCCCGCGGCUGCGCGCGCGCCGCAGGCUGGCUCCGACCCCGUUCGAACGAGCGGCGCAAGAGUUUUCUGCCGUGGAACUACGCCGCUUGGAGCUGGAGGAAGCUCGAAUCCGGCAGCAAAACGAGCGGGAUAUGAGAGCGCUGGCAAUAGAGGAAGCUCGUAACCUGCAACGACACGAGCGAGACACGAGAGCGCUGGAAGUGGAGCACGAGCGUAACCUAGUGUUUAGCUCGCUCGUCGGCAUCGCACAAGCUUGGCUCGACUAUUACCGCAGUAGAGACAACACAGAACCACUGAGCAAUGAGUAGAUGCUCACUCGAAAUAUUGAGCGGUUGUUGUCUCUACUGCGGUUAUUACGUAACACCCUAAAUCUGCCU